AUGAAGCUUUUGACAGAGGAAGAGAUUUCAGCGCAUCGCUACCACACGUUGUCCGGCGGCAUCAAGGGCAUGAUGGGCGGUUUGGCCAUCAGUGCAUUUAUCUUUAAGGUGGUGCCCAUGCGCUUCCCGCGGUUCAACCCGAUGAACUUCAGUUAUUCGAUUAGGACAGCGAUUCUGAUCUCGCCGCCCACGUUACUUGCAAGUAUUUGCGCUGAGGAGGCCUCCAACCACUUUGACAGGCUGAUGUACGGCGCCAACGCGGACCCCAAUACCCUUGCGGAGGCCAAACGCUGGGCUGAGCUACCUUUGGGCGACAAGCUUUUGGAGAGCGGGCUAAACAAUAAGUACAAGAUCAUCGGUAGUUUGUGGGCAGCUUCCAUGUACGGCUCGUGGCGCCUCGUUGACAGAGACCCCAUCAUGACUAAAGUACAGAAGGCCGUGCAGGCCAGAAUGUACGCACAGGCUUUGACUGUGGUUAUGCUACUUGCGUCUGUAAUGUUGUCGAUGUACGGCGCCAAGAGAAACCCGGAGAACAAGGAACAGAGGCGCCAGCGGCAAUGGGAGCUGCUAUUGGACCAAGCCGCUAACGAGGAGCGCGAAUUUGAGAACUCCAGGCGGCUGUCCAAUGAGGAAAGAGUCAAAGGCAAGAUUUACAGGUAUGACUAA